GUACCAUUGGCCUGUCUUUGAUCCGUUCUUACACAUUCUUGGAGUAAAUUCAUCCUUUGCAUGGUCUUUUGGUCUUUCUACCUUUGGUCGAAGCAGUGGCAGCUGACUGAGAGAAAAUGAUCGACUACGAGCGACCCUCUCUAUUAAGCUGUGGAGCAGGAGGGAGGGGUGUACUGGUACCCCAGCUCUCGGCGCACACACAAACAACUAUGCCUCAGAGAUACUCCCAUCAGAGGAGGAAAGCCAGCACAGCUGCUGCUCGAAGGAUGGAGAGAAGGCGCAGGGACCAGCAGAAGACCAACAAUAACCCAAACGACAGCCCUAACCAGUGCUCCAAGAAGCUCACCAUGCUCUCCAGGUCCUUAAUUCUAUGUCACUCUAAGACAAACGAUGACUGCCCUGGGUCAGAAGCGAGGGAGGCUGGGGAUGUGUCAGAGGAGAGGAGAAAAUGGAAUUUAGGCUGGAGGACAGACAUGUCCCCUGAGGAUCAAACCGGACACAGAAAUGCAGAAAUUGGACACUGGAGGACUUGGCAAUCAACCCCGCAGACUAGAGGGACAGAGGCAACCAAACAGCUGCAUCAGACCACAACCUUCAGUGAAAAUAAAACAAGACUGCGGAGAACUUUCAGCAUCAAGGAGAGUAGUAUUUGGAGGAUGUGUGUAACCAUAAGGCCGACUGAGGAGGUGUGUGUACCGCAAAUGUCGGAUAACGCCGUCCAGACAGAAGACAAAAAAACUCAUGAGGAGCCAAGGAUGAGUGGCGCGGAUGUUUACAGAGGUUCCAACUUCCUGAGUCCAGACAAACUGGCACCUUUUAACGGACAGUGUCUUACCAGCAGUGCAUGGAUGGAAGUGGAGGGAUUGAGGAGCGUAUACACAUCUUGUAGCGAGACAAUUUCACAGUGUGAAGACUCUCUUCAUUCACAAGCUCUGAGCACAAGCCUGCAGCAUUCAUCCCUUAUUUCCCCGUCAGAUCAACUGUCUUUGUCUGCAUAUAUAGAAGAAGAACUUGCAGCCAACAACAACCACCUCAAGUUGCCAAUUCCAGAGGUAAACGAAGAGACUUGCUGGGAGACAGAAACAUGCCAGCAGUAUCCAGCAGGACAGAUGAGCAGCAAUAAGACACACUCCAAUUCGAACAGUGUUCGUCCUUACUGGAUCGGGGACCUGAACAGCAUCAUCAUGAAGAGCCCUGAGAUGUAUGCCAAUGAGCCGAACAGGAGUGGUCGUUUCUAUGGGAAUAGAAAGUCCCAAUCCCAACAACUUGAUUUUGCACAAAGUUCACUUCAGCAUAGCCGCCCAUCACGUUCUCUCAGCUCUGCGCAGCUGGUCCAUUCCUGCAGUAACACUCAGGCCUUUAUGAUCUGUAACAUUGUGUUGAUGAAGGGCCAUGGCAAGGGUCUGGGUUUCAGCAUCGUCGGCGGGAGGGACAGCAUGUAUGGACCAAUGGGGAUUUAUGUAAAGACCAUUUUCCCUGGUGGGGCAGCAGCAGCUGAUGCACGGCUACAAGAGGGGGAUGAGAUACUGGAGCUCAAUGGGGAGUCACUGCAUGAUUUGAGUCACAAUGAAGCUCUCCACAAGUUCAAACAAAUCAAAAAGGGUGUAUUGAGUCUGGUGGUGAGGACUAGCCUGCGGGUGGGAGCUUUGUGUGGCCAGGCUCAGGUAACUCAGCUGUGCAGAUCACGUUCACUCAGCUCCACCACAGGGAUGGAUGGGAUCAGUGCCGACAUGAGGGACUACGACUAUUUGACUAAAACUUGCGACAACUCUAGAAUGAGUGUUGCUGGGCAGCCUGCUAAACCCAGAGACCGCAUAAUGAUGGACAUCAUCCUGCACAAAGAGGCCGGUGUUGGUCUGGGUAUUGGACUGUGCUGCGUUCCGUCCACUGAUGCCUGUCCUGGAAUUUUCAUCCACACCCUCUCUCCUGGAUCUGUGGCACACAUUGAUGGCAGACUCCGGUGUGGGGAUGAGAUCAUGGAGCUCAAUGACACUGCGGUUUACAACAUGGCACUAAAUGAUGUCUACACAGUCCUGAGUCAAUGCAGUCCAGGUCCAGUCCAUGUUAUUAUCAGUCGACACCCAGACCCCAAAGUAUCAGAACAUCAGCUGAACGAUGCUAUAGCUCAAGCGGUGGAAAACAGCAAACUGAAAAAGGACAAGAGCCAAUGGAGUAUCGAUGGUCUGCGAAGGAUGGAGUCAUGUUCUCACAGUCAGCCAAGAUGCGAGCGUUGUUUGGAAAGAAGCUUUGGUCAGAUCACUGUCCGUCGGGCUCAAAAGUUCAUGACACGCUCCUGCAGUGAUAACACCAACAGCAACUUUCACAACCGCUGUCUCACCACCCGCAACCCCCAUAACACACAUCAUAACCCACCAGCCCGCAUCCAUACCCUGGACACACCCAACUCCAUCAUUACAGAGACACGGUCUGACAACAGACGGUCCGUGCCGGUGUAUCCCGAUGAGGACUACAGUGUUCCUUUUAACUGUCCUGUUGUCAGCCUGUCGAGUCAGCAGACCCUGGAUGAAGCCUUCAGGGACAAUAUGUCCAUCUCCAGACUGUGUGCUGCUCCACAUCGCUACCUCUGCUCUCAAGAUGUGACGGGUGAAGAAUGUUACAAUGGAGACUCCAGUGGUUCCAGUCCGUCCCCAUGUGAAGAUGAUGGAUUGAACACCUCAUUAAAUAUAAACUGCCAGGAAGGAGAACAAAUGAGAAGAACAUCAGAAAGCAGCAAAGAGAACGUCACUUUUGAGGACAAACUCCGCACAGGUGGAUCCGACAGAAAAGCUCUUAGGAGGCAGAAACGCAUUGAACAACAGCUUCAGGAUCCCUGGGUUCGCCUUUCAGACACUUCCCCUGAAGAUCUGCAAGAAGUCAACCACAACCGUCAGCUUCUUCACCACGUUGCAGACGGCACAAAGUCUGUCAGUGUCCACAUCGCACCUGUCAUCAUGAGUACUCAAGAACACACCACAGACAUGACUGCUGAGAAAAAAAUGGAGAUCCUCAGCGCUUUAAGGAUGGGGCCUCCUGUGGCACCAAAACCUGCUUGGUUUCGGCAAAGCCUGAGAAAGAUUCGCCAUGAGCAGGACCGGAAGAAGCAAGAUGAACCUGUCAAGACGAGGCAAGCUGGAGGAUUCUAUAAAAGUUUUAAUGUCAGAUCAGCCUCAUUUGUGGCCAACCGGUCCAUCAAAGACAAGAUACAUUCAUUUGAAAGCUUCUCAAACAGUACAGACAAAGAGGAAAAAAAGAGGCAUGUGGUUUCGUCCAACUCCCUUCAACUCAUGGAUCAAGAGUGGGACAGAAAGAAUGGAAAAAACAAAAAUUACAAUCCAGACAACAUGCUUAAGCGAUCUGCGUCUGAAAAGGGAAUAGAAGGUGCACAGACGUCUGUGCCACCUUCUGCUAGUCUUGAAAGUAGUGAAAAAAAAUUGUUUUCUAAUACAGAGCCUCAAUCCAGCCAGUCUCUUGCAGACUCCCCGUCUUGUCAGGCUAGUACAGAUCAAGAACAUGGGGUGAAAUGUUCAAAUUCAGUUUCAGCGCAGCACACCUUGACCAUCCAAACAUCCAGAGAACUAGAAGGUGCAGAAGUAGAACCAAAUUUACUCAGUGGGUUUGCGGAGGAAAAAGCUUUCUCCACUGCAAGCCUCACCUCUGUGGGAUCCAGCCAUAAUGAAGGGAGAAGUUCUCCAGAAAGAACAGAACAGAAUGCAGCAGAAAACCAAAGAGAACUUGACCUGAACUUGACCAAUCUACCAACAGACAGUACCUCGUAUCAAGACCUAGGGGGAGAGAAUUUUAGUAAAAUCCUUGCCUUUAGUAACCAGGUAUCGCAAGCAUUGAUGCGCACCCUACCAAUUUCCACUGACCAUGGAAACACCAAUCCAGAUCUCCCAGGAUCCACUGUCGCUGAUAUUAUGGACUCUCUGCCAUGUGAUGCUGUUUCAGAUGUCACUGACCCAGGGUUUUCUGUUAGCUUGGCCACAAUCAGAGAAUGUAGCAUUGAGUUUGGACAAACAGGGUGCCAAGAAGUUGCACUUUCUUCUUCUGCUGGUGCUCAGUCAGUCAUCUCGGUCAUCCCGUCACAGGAAAUACAGAUGAUGAUCAGAGAAGUUAGAGCUCUCGACCACAACACACUAAAGCAACUGCAAGACAUCCACGUUGUGAUUCUGCAUAAAGAAGAAGGAGCCGGGCUGGGCUUUAGCAUUGCUGGAGGCUCUGAUCUAGAGAGCAAAGCUCUCAGAGUGCACAAAGUGUUCCCAGGCGGACUGGCCACACAGCAAGGCACCAUCCACAAAGGAGACGAGGUGUUGUCCAUAAACGGCCAGGCGUUGCGUGGCGUUACGCACGCUGCUGCUACUGCAGCUCUGCGUCAGGCACGCACGCUCAAGCUUGCCGUGGUGGUGGUUCGCAAGAGAACAGAAGAGGAAGGCAGAAGCGGUGAUGAGUCCAACCCUGCAAAGAAGGACAAAGGCACAAUACAAAGUGUGGAGCUGGAGAAAGGAGCAGGUGGAGUUGGCUUUACCUUGGAAGGAGGAAAGGCUUCAAUCCAUGGAGAUAGACCAUUAGUCAUCAACAGGAUCUUUAAAGGUGGAGCAGCAGAGCAAAGUGGUCUUCAGUGUGGAGAUGAAGUGUUGCAAGUCCUGGGUACCAGUCUUCAUGAUAUGACUCGCUUUGAGGCUUGGAACGUGAUCAAGGCUUUACCUGAAGGCCCCAUUACAGUACACAUCGGGAGGAAUGAAGAUGCCAAAAGCACGAAACACGACUUUGUUGCACCUUUGUCAACAGACUAGGUAUCAUCCAUUUAUCAUCUUGGGGCGGCAGCGACUCGGGAAGGUCUUCCGGUCACUGGAGAGUUGGUGAUUGGCGAAGCCAGCACUGGUGUUUAAGUCUUAAAUACGUGUUUGCCGUAUGAAUGUGAACAAGUGGUUGGCAUUAGAGAUGUCUGAUAAAUGCUUUAAAAUGUAAUAUCGGAAAUUAUCGUAUCGGUUUCAAAAAGUAAAAUGUAUGACUUUUUAAAACGCCGCUGUGUACACGGACGUAGGCAGAAGUACAGAGCACCAAUUAACCCUAAAGGCACUGCUUUUGCGUGCCGGCCCAGUCACAUAAUAUCUACGGCUUUUCACACACACAAGUGAAUGCAAGGCAUACUUGGUCAACAGCCAUACAGGUCACACUGAGGGUGGCCGUAUAAACAACUUUAACACUGUUACAAAUAUGCGCCACACUGUGAACCCACACCAAACAAGAAUGACAAACACAUUUCGGGAGAACAUCCGCACCGUAACACAACAGAACAAAUACCCAGAACCCCUUGAAGCACUAACUCUUCCGGGACGCUACAAUUUACACUCCCCGCUACCCCCCCACCUCAACCCCGCCCACCUCAACCUCCUCAUGCUCUCUCAGGGAGAGCAUGUCCCAAAUUCCAAGCUACUGUUUUGAGGCAUGUUAAAAAACAACAACUUUGUGACUUCAAUAAUAAAUAUGGCAGUGCCAUGUUGGCAUUUUUUUCCAUAACUUGAGUUGAUUUAUUUUGGAAAACCUUGUUACAUUGUUUAAUGCAUCCAGCGGGGCAUCACCACAAAAUUAGGCACAAUAAUAUGUUAAUUCCACGACUGUAUGUAUCGGUAUCUGUUGAUAUCGGAAUUGGUAAUUAAAACUUGGACAAUAUCGGAAUAUCGGAUAUCGGCAAAAAAGCCGUUAUCGGACAUCUCUAGUUGGCAUAUGAUUAUACGUAAUUGGUGUAGAAAUGUGAAUUAAUGUAUGAUGGUGGUUGGAGCCAUUGGUUCAAGUUGGCAGCCAGUCUAAUCCAUAAGAGCUGUGGCCACAAAUAUAAAUGAUCAUCAGCAGUGUGUGAAUGUAGAUUGAACAAGUAAUAGUUUCAGUGAAAAGUGAUUUGGGUGUCUGGCAAUGCGUUUUAUAAAUCCAAUCAUUUAUUAAUGGGCAACGUGUAACAUAGUGACAGUUCGGUUUGUUCCUCCGUUUUAAAGUCACGUUUUCGUUCAUUUUGCGUACAAUAAAGAAACAAAAAGCAAAAUGACUCAGCUUUUAAGAGGACCUUUGAGUAUUUUCCACUUUUAAUGUUGAUUAUACUUGUGUGAUACAAUCCCGAAGGAUCAAAUCAUAAGAUUUGUGCAGUUGGGCGUGAGCUUAUGCGCAGUUUUGGAUGCCUCUAAAUGCUGUUUUUCCCUUUUUUUUGUUUAACAGGGGACAAUUUGUGUUGUCAGUGUGACAGACACACUUAUGUGGGCCUUCUAUUACAUGCUCUCUGAUAGGCCACUUCUCUCUGCUCUGCACCAGACUUUUGGCUGCAGCCUGUAGCCCCCCGUCUCAUUCCUUCCUGCCUGCUCCCUACUUUCGUGUUUAUUGUCCACAGCAUUUUACACAGGACUGUUUUGUCAACAUGGGUCGAUACAAAGUUGGAUUAAAAUGCUGCAGAAAAACGGCGA